UUGGUGUUGAAACAAAAGCUAGAUCGAGAAUUUCAGGAUCGAUUCGAAUUAUUUGCUCGAGUUAUUGAUAAAGAUUUGUCAAACUCUAGUUCAACUUUACAAAUACAUAUAAAGGUGCUUGACGCUAAUGACAACAAUCCUGUUUUUGAAAAAUCCUUCUAUAUUUUUGAUCUAUUUAUGCCAAGAGAAUCUAAAAUAACAUUAGGUAGCGUUAAAGCAACCGAUAUGGACCUUGGUAAAAAUGGCCAAGUUGUUUAUCAGAUAGUUUCUAUAAAUAAAUACCAUGCACAAUUUAUGACUGUUGACAAAACGUCAGGAUUGCUGGAACUUUUCGUCACCGAUUGGUGUAAAUUUCCAUCUUCACAUGUUCGUUUGAAUGUUUCUGCAACUGAUGGAGGGAUGGAGCCGUUACAGGAUUUAGCGAUUGUCAACAUAAACAUCACAAAAUUUAACUGUUACGAACCAGAAAUUAAAAUCGGAGACACGUCAGUAAAAGGAGUUAUUAAAAUCUCUCCAGGCAUUGAAGCCAACGGUUUCAUUUCCUUUAUAAACGUUUACGAUGAAGACGGUGAUGACGUCAGUUGUUCGGUCGAUUCAAAAUAUUUAAACUUGUUGUCCGUCUACAAAAAUAUAUUCAAGUUGAUUCUUAUGAUCGAUGCUGUGAAUAUUUAUGAAGAUGAAAUUUUCUUCAAUAUUUUAUGUUUUGAUAAUGGCAAGCCAUCAAUGAAUGCGUCAAAAAAUUUUACGAUUGUUUUUGACAGUCAAAAUUAUAACGCUCCGGUUUUUCUUUCAGAAGAUUAUAACUUCUACGUACAAGAAAACAACGAUACUCCAGUUUUUAUUGGGUCAGUCAGAGCUUUAGACAUCGACAGAGGAAAAAAUGGUGAAAUUGAGUAUUUUUUACUUAAUGAAAAUAACAUCUUGUCAGUGGGCAAAGAUUCAGGAGAUUUGUUUCUUUUGAAAUCUCUUGACUACGAAGUUAAUCAACUUUUUGAAUUCUUAGUUAUUGCUUGCGACCGAGGUGAACCAAAUCUCACGUCAAAUGUCUCGGUUUUCGUAAAUGUCGUCAACACAAAUGACCGUGCUCCAAUGUUCGAUAGACAAAUUAGUAAAAUGUCAGUUUACGAAAACUCACCAAAGCACACAUUUGUAGGUCAUUUGUCGAUACAUAACGACGAUUUAAAACCUUUUGAUGAAGUUUUUUUUGUUGUUGACAACGAAUCGUCAACGUUGUUUAACAAACAUUUUUAUCUUGACAAUGUUACUAGAAGCAUAACAACAAAACUGAUGAUUGACAGAGAAACAAUUUCGUCAUUUGUUUUUAAAAUUUCUGUAUACGAUGCCCACACCAAUGUUUCUAUUUCAUCAACUGAGCUGUUUAUUACAAUUUUAGAUGUUAAUGAUAACGUUCCAAUCAUUUUGAAGCCAGAUUCGACAAGUGCUGUUCUAGAAAUUUCAAAAUUUCUUCCUCCGGCUUCUAUGGUCACGCAGAUAGUUGCUGUGGACCACGAUUCAUCAAUGAACGGGCAGAUCCUUUACCUGUUGAACCACACGUCCAAAUACUCUUCUAUGUUUAGUUUAAAUAACCAAACAGGAGAACUUUAUUUG